UAAUUCGCUCUCUCCACCGAGAGUGUAUUUAUUUUAUUUUCUCUUAUCCGAUCUUUAAAACCCGUCGUGACCUUGAAGGAAACGUUUAAAGCCCAGUGGCGAAAUCCCACCUCAACAAAUACCUACCCCUUUCUGUAAUCAACGGUAUCUCUCCCGCUUCUUCUGCGAACACAGUUUCCGAUUCAUUCAGUUAGUUACUCCUCGCCGACCGACAUGGAGCUCAUAGACGUGAUAUUAGGGAUCUUCGCAGUUUGCCUGGUCGCUGUCGUCGCUUACAGAGGAUUGACAGAAAUUUAUGGCUACUGGAAGAGACAAAAUGUACCUUUCGUACCUGCCAAACCUCUUAUUGGAUCAAUUGAUUGGAAAACUAUGAACAAGCCUUUGCAGGAAAUUGAAACAGAAUGGUACAAUCGCUAUGGAAGAAUCUACGGGAGGUUUGAGGCGACCAAGCCAGUACUUAGCGUUGGUGAUCCAGACAUCCUCAGAAAUAUUCUUUCUACAGACUUCCAGAUAUUUCCAAAUCGAAGAGACCUCAAGUUUCAUGACCCAGUUAUGGACAACACGCUUUUUGUCUUGGAAGGUGAUGCUUGGUCAAGAGUAAGAAAUAUUGUUAGUCCUGCCUUCACUACUUCCAAACUAAAAAGGAUGUUCCCAUUAUUAACUGAAUGCAGUGACUUACUUGUUGAAAGAUUCGCUGAAGUCAAGAAUAAAACAGAGGAUCUUAACUGUCAAGAGUACUACGGAGCUUUUGUCCUUUCUGCUAUUGCACGAUGCGCUUUCGGAAUGAAUAUUAGUGCCAUAAGAGACCCUAAGAACGUUUUUGUUGAAAAAUCGAAGAAAUUAUUUUACGAAUGCUUAUCAUGGAGGACAUAUCUAACAAUUCUGUGCCCAGUUUUGAUGAAGAUUUUUCGACUAAAGCUACUCAAUCCAGAAACAACUGGCUUUUAUAGAAAUACCAUUAUUCAAGUAUUAGAGGAGAGGAAAAAACUUAAUUUGAUAAGGGAUGAUUUUCUGCAGAUGUUGAUUGAUGCUGAAGAUGCUAAUAAUAACGGUGCAGAUAUUAUUUGUGAGAAAGGCGGCUGCAAAGUCAGCACACAGCCCAAGAUAGAAAAGAAAGGACUUACCCACGAUGAAAUGUUGUCUCAGAGUGUCACUUUCUUCAUUGCUGGAUUUGAUGCCACAACUUCUUUACUUUCCCAUGUCACAUAUCGACUGGCAAUGCAUCAAAAUUACCAACAAAUGGUUGUUGACGAAAUGAAGGAUGCUUUAAAUAACCAUAACGGAAAAAUGUGCUAUGAUGCUUUGUCUGAAAUGAAGUUUUUGAAUGCUGUUAUUCACGAAUGUUUGAGGAUGUGUCCUGCUAUGGUUAGGCAUGAGCGUCGUGCUGAACAAGAUUACCAAAUCCAAAGUAGAAAAAUUCAUUUAAAAAAAGGGACGAUCGUCAGCAUUCCUGUAUACGCCAUGCAUCAUGAUCCUGAAUGGUAUCCAGAACCAGAAGUAUUCAAACCAGAAAGAUUUUAUCCUGAGGAAUUAAGGGCAAUGUCAAGAUACAACUACCUCCCAUUUGGCAAUGGUAAAAGAAUGUGCGUCGGGAUGAGGUUCGUCCACAUACAAGUCAAAUUGUGCAUCGCAAAACUUUUGAUGAAAUUCCAAAUUUUGCCAGCGCCUUCGACGCCGCGAACUUUGGGGUACACUGAAUCCCGAAACGUUCUUACAGUCAAUAAAGUAGAAGUACGCCUGAUGGAAAGGCAAUUGUAUUAAAGUGUUCAAAUGAAAUAUUAUUUUAUAUGUGCCAAAUAAUUGUUAAGAAACCUAAAAAGAACUAUUAAAAAUGUAAAAGAUAGAAUUAAGAUAGACAUUUGGAUAUUUCGUCCUAAUAUCAAUAAUAUAUUUCCAGCAAUGUUAACUUUUAUACUAGAGUUUAUGAGAUGUUUACAUAUUUGAUAUGAAUGUUUAAUGAAAAUAUCCAAAUGUUAUUUAUUUUGUUCCAGUAAAUCUGUUGCUGUAAC